CCAGGACACGCGCCCCGAGCCCGGGAGGCAUGCUGAAGCUAGGCGGCCGGCAGGAUGAGUGUGAACGAGGCGGGCAGCUCUGGCUGCCGGAGGCAAGCGGCCUACCACCUGCACAUCUACCCGCAGCUGGCCACCAGCGAGAACCAGGCCUCGUGCCGUGUGAUGGCCACCAAGGACAGCACCACAUCCGACGUCAUCCAGGAUGCCAUUGCCAGCCUGCGGCUGGACGGUACCAAGCGCUAUGUGCUGGUGGAGGUCAAGGAGACAGGUGGGGAGGAAUGGGUGCUGGAUGCCAACGACUCGCCCGUGCACCGCGUGCUGCUGUGGCCGCGCCGGGCGCAGGACGAGCACCCGCAGGAGGACGGUUACUACUUCCUGCUGCAGGAGCGUGACGCAGAUGGGGCCAUCAAGUACGUGCACAUGCAGCUGGUGGCCCAGGCCACGGCCACCCGGCGCCUGGUGGAGCGCGGCCUCCUGCCCCGGCAGCAAGCGGACUUUGAUGACCUGUGCAACCUUCCCGAGCUGACUGAGGCCAACCUCCUGAAGAACCUGAAGCACCGCUUCCUGCAACAGAAGAUCUACACAUAUGCAGGGAGCAUCCUCGUGGCCGUCAAUCCCUUCAAGUUCCUCCCCAUCUAUAACCCCAAGUACGUGAAGAUGUACGAGAACCAGCAGCUGGGCAAGCUGGAGCCGCACGUGUUUGCGCUGGCCGACGUGGCCUACUAUGCCAUGCUCCGGAAACGCGUCAACCAGUGCAUUGUGAUUUCGGGUGAGAGCGGCUCGGGCAAGACACAGACCACCAACUUCCUGAUCCACUGCCUCACCGCCCUGAGCCAAAAGGGCUAUGCCAGCGGCGUCGAGAGGACCAUCCUGGGUGCCGGCCCUGUGCUGGAGGCUUUUGGGAAUGCCAAAACAGCCCACAACAACAAUUCCAGCCGAUUUGGGAAAUUCAUCCAGGUCAACUACCUGGAGAGUGGCAUCGUGAGAGGAGCUGUUGUUGAAAAGUACCUGCUUGAAAAGUCUCGCCUGGUGUCUCAGGAGAAGGAUGAGAGGAAUUACCACGUGUUUUAUUAUUUGUUACUUGGCGUCAGCAAGGAAGAGCGACAAGAAUUUCAGCUCAAGCAGCCUGAAGAUUAUUUCUACCUCAACCAGCAUAACUUGAAGAUUGAAGACGGAGAAGAUCUGAAGCAUGACUUUGAAAGACUCAAGCAGGCCAUGGAGAUGGUGGGCUUCCUCCCUGCCACCAAGAAGCAAAUUUUUUCUGUCCUCUCGGCCAUCCUGUACCUGGGCAACGUCACAUACAAGAAGAGAGCCACGGGCCGAGAUGAAGGUCUGGAGGUUGGGCCCCCCGAGGUGCUGGACACGCUGUCACAGCUCCUGAAGGUGAAGCGAGAAAUCUUGGUGGAGGUUCUGACCAAAAGAAAAACGGUGACUGCCAAUGACAAACUCAUCCUUCCCUACAGCCUCAGCGAGGCCAUCACUGCCCGCGACUCCAUGGCCAAGUCUCUAUACAGCGCCCUGUUCGACUGGAUUGUGCUACGCAUCAACCAUGCCCUCCUCAAUAAGAAAGACAUGGAAGAGUCUGUCUCGUGUUUGUCCAUUGGGGUUCUUGACAUCUUCGGGUUUGAGGACUUUGAGAGGAACAGUUUUGAACAGUUCUGCAUCAACUAUGCCAACGAGCAGCUCCAGUAUUACUUCAAUCAGCAUAUUUUCAAGCUAGAGCAGGAGGAGUACCAGAGUGAAGGGAUCGCGUGGCACAACAUUGACUACACAGACAACAUUGGCUGUAUCCAUCUGAUCAGCAAGAAGCCCACCGGCCUCUUCUAUCUGCUGGACGAAGAGAGCAACUUUCCCCACGCCACGAGCCAGACCCUGCUGGCCAAGUUCAAACAGCAGCACGAGGACAAUAGGUACUUCCUUGGCACCCCAGUCAUGGAGCCUGCGUUCAUCAUUCAGCACUUCGCAGGGAAGGUGAAAUAUCAGAUCAAGGACUUCCGGGAGAAGAACAUGGACUACAUGCGGCCGGACAUCGUGGCGCUUCUGCGGGGCAGUGACAGCUCCUACGUGCGGGAGCUCAUCGGCAUGGACCCGGUGGCCGUGUUCCGCUGGGCUGUGCUCCGGGCUGCCAUCCGGGCCAUGGCUGUGCUCCGGGAGGCUGGGCAACUGCGGGCUGAGAGGGCUGAGAAGGCUGCAGCAGGUCUGGGCAGCCCUGGCGCCCGAAGUCACCUGGGAGAGCUGCAGAAAGGAGCUAGCACCCCAUCGGAAAAGCUGUACCGCUGCUCAAUGCUAGAUUUCUCAGUUGACGGCUCUGAGGAGUUCGAUAUUAACGCUUUUGAGGACAUCUUUGCUUUCUAUGAAAGCAAGAACGAUUUGCAUGACCAAAUCAUCAAGACCAUCAAAGGAUUGCCCUGGCAGGGUGAGGACCCCCGUAGGCUUCUCCAGUCCCUCAGUCGGCUCCAGAAACCCCGCACCUUCAUCCUGAAAAGUAAAGGUACCAAACAAAAGCAGAUCAUUCCGAAGAACCUGCUGGACUCCAAGUCCCUGAAGCUCAUCAUCAGCAUGACUCUGCACGACCGCACCACCAAGUCACUGCUGCACCUGCACAAGAAGAAGAAGCCGCCAAGCAUCAGUGCCCAGUUCCAGACAUCGCUUAACAAGCUCCUCGAGGCGCUGGGGAACGCAGAGCCCUUCUUUAUCCGCUGCAUCCGUUCCAACGCCGAGAAGAAAGAGCUAUGCUUCGAUGAGGAGCUGGUGCUGCAGCAGCUGCGCUACACAGGCAUGCUGGAGACCGUGAGGAUCCGGAGGUCAGGUUACAGCGCCAAGUACACGUUCCAGGACUUCACAGAACAGUUCCAGGUGCUGCUGCCCAAGAACUCCCAGCCCUGCCGGGAGGUCAUCUCUACCCUGCUGGAGAAGAUGAGCGUAGACAAAAGGAGCUACCAGAUCGGAAAGACCAAGGUUUUCCUGAAGGAGACGGAGCGGCAGGCCCUACAGGAGACGCUGCACCGAGAGGUCGUGCGAAAGAUCCUGCUUCUGCAAAGCUGGUUCCGGAUGGUCCUGGAACGCCGGCACUUCCUGCAGAUGAGGCGGGCAGCUGUCACCAUCCAGGCCUGCUGGCGGUCCUACCGCGUCAGGCGGGCUCUGGAGAGGACACAGGCGGCUGUGUACCUCCAGGCCACGUGGAGGGGCUACCGGCAGCGAGUGGUGUACCGGCACCAAAGACAGAGCAUCAUCCACCUGCAAAGCCUCUGCCGGGGGCACCUGCAGCGCAAGAGCUUCCGCCAGAUGGUGGCAGAGAAGCAGAAGGCGGAAGAGAAAGCGAGGGAAGCCCAGCAAGCCGCGAGGGAAGAAACCACAGCGGGUAGGCUGAGCCCAGAACCGUCGGAGGAUAGCAAGCAUUCAGCACUGGAGCCCGAGGGGUCGCCAACGCACAGGCCACCAGCAGAAAGCUCCCACCCCAAGGAGGGCCCCAGCCCUGAGAAGGUUCUCCCACCCCAGAAAAACGCCACUGAAAUUCACGAGAAAGUGUCCAGCAGCCGGGAGAAGCGUGAGUCUCGGAGACAAAGAGGGCUGGAGCAUGUGGAACUCCAGAACAAACACAUGCAGUCCUGUAAGGAUGAGAACGCCCUCAGAGAGCCUUCUGGAAGGGUUGCCCUGGAGCAGGAGGAGCACCUUCCCGAAGACAAAAAGGAGAGCAGAGAAGAUGAAGCCCUCUCAGACACGGGAACAGAGAUGGAGAACUCCGCUCCGAAAAAGCAACCUGAGGGGCCACCACAAGCCAUGCCAACCUCCCAGGCCCCCAGCGAAACCCCACAGCCACCCCAGGACAAAGUGAAACGGCCCACCAGCCUAGCCCUGGACAGCAGCAGCGUUGGCGCACCGGCCCCUGACACCACCCCCGAGACCCCCCAGGACAAGAGCAAGCUGAGUGAUAGCCCACGGGCGCAGGACAAGCCCGAGAGCCCCGGAGGCUCCACCCAGAUCCAGCGGUAUCGGGACCCGGCCUCUGAACGGCUGGCCAACGCUGUGGAGCUGUGGCGGGGCAAGAACCGGAUGGCUACCAGCCCCAGCACCAUGCUGAGCCAGUCCCUGGACCUUAGCGAGCGGCACCGAGUCGUGGGGGCCACACUCACACCCACAGAGGAGAGGCGCAUUUCGUUAUCUACCAGCGACGUCUCCAAGCUUCUCCCAGCCCCGGCCCAGACCAAGACUCAGCCUCCUUCAGAAAGUGUGGACGGUGAGCCCAGCACAAAGAAGCCAGCUAUCCAGAAGAAGAAAUCGGGCGAUGCGUCUGCCGCCGGCACAGAUGCAGGGCUGUCACCAGGCCCCCAGGCCGACUCUAAGUCCACGUUUAAGAGACUUUUCCUACAUAAGAACAAGGAUAAAAAGUACAGCCUGGAGGGCGUGGAGGAGACAGAGAAUGCAGUCUCUGGGAAUGUCGUGCUGGAAGCCGCCAUCAUGAAGAAGAAUCUAGAAGCCCCCUCAGGCCACCAGCACCGCCAUACUGCGGGUGAGAAGCACGCCAAGGAGCCGGGAGGCAAAGGGAAGAAAAACCGAAACCUCAAGAUUGGCAGAAUCACGGUGUCAGAGAAGUGGCGGGAGUCUGUGUUCCGCAAGAUCACCAACGCCAAUGAGCUCAAGUACCUGGAUGAGUUCCUACUCAACAAGAUAAAUGACCUGCGUUCCCAGAAGACCCCCAUCGAGAGCUUGUUCAUCGAGGCCACCGAGAAGUUUAGGAGCAACCUCAAGACCAUGUACUCUGUCCCCAACGGGAAGAUCCACGUUGGCUACAAGGACCUGAUGGAGAACUACCAGAUUGUCGUGAGCAACCUGGCAGCCGAGCGCGGUGAGAAGGACACCAACCUGGUCCUCAACCUUUUCCAGUCAUUGCUGGACGAGUUCACCCGCGGGCAUACCAAGAACGACUUCGAGCUGCCCAAGCAGAGCAAAGCUCAAAAAAAGAAGCGGAAGCAGGAACGCGCUGUUCAGCAGCACAACGGGCACGUCUUCGCCAGCUACCAAGUGAACAUCCCUCAGUCGUGUGAACAGUGCCUCUCCUACAUCUGGCUCAUGGAUAAGGCCCUUCUCUGCAGCGUGUGCAAGAUGACCUGCCACAAGAAGUGCGUGCACAAGAUUCAGACCUACUGCUCCUACCCGUGUGGGAGGAAGAACGAGCCAGGAGCCGAGCCGGGCCACUUUGGUGUUUGCGUGGACAGCCUGACCAGCGAUAAGGCCUCGGUGCCUAUCGUGCUAGAGAAGCUUCUGGAACACGUGGAGAUGCACGGCCUGUACACCGAGGGCCUCUACCGCAAAUCAGGCGCUGCCAACCGCACGAGGGAGCUCCGGCAGGCGCUGCAGUCAGACCCUGCGGCAGUCAAGCUGGAGAACUUCCCCAUACAUGCCAUCACAGGGGUGCUCAAGCAGUGGCUGCGGGAACUGCCUGAGCCCCUCAUGACCUUCGCCCAGUACAGCGACUUCCUCCGUGCUGUCGAGCUGCCAGAGAAGCAGGAGCAAUUGGCCGCCAUCUACGCCGUCCUGGAGCACCUUCCAGAAGCCAAUCACAACUCCUUGGAGCGGCUCAUCUUCCACCUGGUCAAGGUGGCCCUGCUCGAGGACGUGAAUCGCAUGUCACCCAGCGCACUGGCCAUCAUCUUUGCGCCUUGCCUCCUACGCUGCCCUGACAACUCAGACCCACUGACCAGCAUGAAGGAUGUCCUCAAGAUUACCACGUGCGUGGAGAUGCUGAUCCAGGAACAGAUGAGGAAGUACAAAGUGAAGAUGGAGGAGAUCAGCCAGCUGGAGGCUGCGGAGAGCAUCGCCUUCCGCAGGCUCUCCCUCCUGCGACAAAACACUCCCCAUGUGGUCAUCCUCUGUUCAUCUCUCUCCCAGCCAUGGCCUCUCAAACUGGGGUUUUCGUCUCCCUAUGAGGGGGUCCUGAACAAGAGCCCCACAGCCCGGGGAAGCAGCGGCGGCCCAGAGGAGCUGGGAGUGGUGCCAGAGGAGGAAGCAGCCGGUGAUGAUGAGGACCGGGAGAAGGAGAUACUCAUUGAGCGGAUACAGUCCAUCAAGGAGGAAAAGGAGGACAUCACCUACCGGCUGCCAGAGCUGGACCCUCGGGGCUCGGACGAGGAGAACGUAGACUCGGAAACAUCAGCCAGCACCGAGAGCCUGUUGGAAGAGCGAGCCGGGCGGGGGACCUUGGAAGGGCCCCCUGCGCCUGCUCUCCCCAGCCCCAGCACGCCUGCCCCAAGUCCCCUCCCCGAGGUGGCUGCCCCUCCAAGACGAAGGCCGUCGUCCUUCGUGACGGUCAGAGUGAAGACCCCCCGGCGGACCCCCAUCAUGCCCACAGCCAACAUCAAGCUCCCACCCGGCCUGCCCUCCUACCUCCCUGGCCGGGCACCAGGUGCCCAGGAGGCUGCUGCCUUAGUGAGGCGCCGGGAGCCACCUGCCCGCCGCCCAGACCAGGUACACUCUAUGUAUAUCACGCCGGGUGCUCACCUGCCUGCACAGGGCACUGAGGAGCCCCUGGAUGAGGACAACCAGCUGCCUGGGGCCAAGCGGAGGUACUCAGACCCCCCAACCUACUGCCUGCCCCCCACCUCGGGCCAGGCCAACGGCUGAGGGCCUGCAGUGCCAGAAUCCGCACAUCUAAGGAUGGCCCUGUGCCAAAGCUCCAGAGCCAGCAUUCAGCUCUCUCAGAGGAUCCGGAAUGAAAAGCUCCAAGAGCGAUAUGAGGUGGGCACCGGCUCCAAGUGCAGAGUCCAGGCAGCAAGGGGCCAGCCGGGGCUGAGCCCCAACAUCACACAGAUGCACUGCCCAGAGCCCUGAAUCCUGGCAGGCAGCCUGGCCCAUCCCACCUGCCCCUUUUGUACGUUGUACGGUAACUGUUACUUUGUUCCUGGUUUACAUAACUUUUAAACUGUAACAGCCUUAACAGAAGACCAAAUUGUUUUUUUAUAUGUGUAUGUACAAACUUUUAUAUUAACGCCCUUCCUCGCCCUUAAACCUGGACACAAGACUAAAGAGCAAAGCCCGUACAGCCACCUCACCUCAGAGGCUCAGGCCCGCGCUGAUGGCUCAGGGGGCAUCCACGGACCAGGACCCUGCACCAGGGUUUGGACACUUGGGGCACCUGACUGUUGAGUCUCUCUCAGGCUCAUCCUAUGGCCCGGCCAGCAGCCACCUGGCCCCUGUGCAUUCAGAGGAGCAGUAGAGUCUUCCAUGGGGAUCCAAGCUAUUGGCUGGAGCCAGGACAUAAGGUGGGGAAUGGCCUCUACCCAGGGCACCACAGACUUCACAUCCAAGGAGACUCGAAUGUGGCCAUCACCCCUUCUGUCCACCGUUUCCUGAAUAGAGGAAGCCAUCCUUGGCACUGCCCACACCGUAUCCAGAAUAGGAGCCUUUGACUCAGGACCACUCACAGGCUAGGAGAGCAAGGCCUGUGUUUGCAUGUACCUACAGGCCAAUAGUGACAGCCUGGGGAUCUCUGGAGUGGGGCUUCCCUCUCUCAGGCUCCACUCAUCCCCAGACACCUGGAAAGAUGGCCCCGGGUCUGGAAAGAGGUGCCCCACAAACCAUGUGAAAUAAAAAGUGCCUGAAAAGUG